CAAAAUGUUCCUUAUCAAAUUCACCAUAGCUCUAAUUGCAGUAGCUUGCGCCACUGCAAGCCCAUUGUUUAACGAAACGAACGUUGGUGCUAAUUGUGUUAUUACACAGUUCAGCCAAGUGGGUAGUGUAACUAAAAGCUGUAAUAACAUCGUCGUGCAAAAUCUCGCCGUACCAGCAGGAAAACAAUUGUUAUUGAAUCUGAAAUCGGGAACCACACUAACCUUCAAGGGUACGACAUCUUUUGGUUAUGGAGUGCAAUGGGAAGGACCAAUGGUUCUCAUCAAAGGAAAUCAUUUAACAGUAGACGGAUCUGGAGCGACGUUAGACGGACAGGGCGCCCAUUACUGGGAUGGAAAAGGAGAUUCUGGUAACAAUAAACCUAAAUUCUUUAGAAUACAAGCUCAAUCUUCCACAUUCUCCAACAUUCAUCUCUUGAAUUGUCCCAAACAAUGUACAUCGGUUCUCAACAGCAAUUCUGUAACGCUGGACAAAUGGAACAUCGACGUAUCCGCUGGUGACAGAAACCAUUUAGGGCACAACACCGAUGGAUUCGAUGUAUCCGCAUCGAGCGGUGUAACUAUCAAGAACUCUGUAGUCAAGAAUCAAGAUGACUGUGUUGCCCUUAACUCUGGUUCCAACAUCCAUAUUGAUAAUUUGGAUUGCUCCGGAGGUCACGGAUUGAGUAUAUCAGUAGGAGUCAGUAAGACUGAUUCCACCAAAAAUCGACUGUCCGAUGUAACAUUCAGCAACUCUGUCGUUAAGAAUUCCCGCAACGGCAUCCACAUCAAAACCCACACUGACGGUGCUGUUGGUUACAUGAAAGAUAUCACCUACACCAACAUUAAAUUUCAAGGCUUGACCAACUAUGGAAUCAACGUUCAGGAGAAUUACAAGGGAGGUAAAUCAUCUGGCUCACCGGUGGGCAACAUUCCUAUUCACGGAUUGAAAUUGAACAACAUCCGCGGAACUAUGACUGGCAAGGACAGUGAAGCUGUAUACGUCCUUUGUGGAAGCAAAGGUUGCGAUAACUUCAACUGGUCAGGAGUUUCUAUAACAGGCGCACACAAGAGCAGUUACUGCAAUUACAAACCAUCUGGAUACCCUUGUUAGAAUUGUUACUUUUUUGAUGUAAUAAAACUAUUGAUUUAUUUUAGCUUUUUAUUUAAAUGUACCUACAACAUACAAAUUUAACAAUGACUUUAUUGUAAAUUAAAUAUUGUUACACAAUAAGAGA